UGUAAAUGGCAUCCCAUGGAGCUGUGCAAUAUGCCAGCCCUACCCCCAUUUCUUUCCUUUUUAAGUUUUUUCAUUAAAGUUCUUUCUCUUCUGGACAAGAAAACCCUAUGAUAAUAGAAUCUUCAAACUGAAAGCAUCUAUAAAAUGAACCCCAGAUUCCUGGGGCUUUAGACUUUCGUUAACCAAAUAAGAUGAGGAAUUAUGGGUGUCUGAUGUGCCAGGUACUAUUCCAAUACUUAAAAUAUAUCAUCCCGUAUUUCUCACAGUAGAACCAUGAAGUAGAGACAUUACUGCGUUUUCCUAUGAGAAAAUGGGACUGAGAUGUUUAAGGUGGGAUAGUAUAGGUAGAAACUGUUAGAACAAACAUACUCAGUCUUAACUAAUUUCUAGAUCCAUGCUUUGUCCGCUCCUUUGUUAUUCCUUGAAGAUGUUAGGGGAAAUUCAUUAGUCCAUUGCAAUAAUGUACAACUCCUGUGGAAAUAACUUACAUGCCUAUGAUUAGAACACAUAGGUUCAGACAUCACAAAGCUUUGAUGUGCCUGAAAUUCUAUCAAUUUACGGGGCAAUGCUAGUUAUCUCUUGGUGAUUUGUGCCUCUGUUUGGCAGUAGUCUCUACCUUAGAUCCCUUGGAAAGAGAGAAACUAAUUCCUUAAAAUUUUAUUUGCCAUCCUAUCAAAAUAUGACUACCUAGGGGAAGAAUAAUUAAGUGGAUCAUUAACGGUGUAUUUACCACAUCCUGACUGGAAUCAUAAUUAUUUGCUUACCUAGAUGUAUACCACCCUCAGUUGUCCCACAGUAAGCUCACCCAGCUUCUCUAUGUUAAUUUUCAACACCAUCUAAGUCUUCUUGGGUAAUUUAGUCCACUACAGUAGCUUUACAUAUCACACACAUGAUAGUUAUGGCCAAACCUGUAUCUCCUUCCUUAAUAUUUCGUUAUAGCAUCUAACACAUAUAUCCAGCUGGCUCUAAGACUACCACUCCUAAAUGUCCUGCAGCUCCCUCUACCUUAAAAUUUCCAAAACUAUGUUAAUUCUCUUCUCUUCUAAUCUUAUUUUUCCUUUUGUGUAUUUUUUCUCAGUGAAUCGGACCACCACCCAAAUAACCUGAGUCUUCUUUGAUUUUUUUCUCUUUCUCAACAUCUCCAAUCCCUUCUGCCCCACCUAGCCACUUCCAGUCUUAUCUUUUAUGGUGAGAACCAGCUUCACGUAACAGAAACUCUAAAAAAAUCAAUGAUUUAAAUAAUUUGGGUAUAUAAAUAUCUCUCUCAUACUAGAAGAUCAGAGGUGGGAAGUCUGAGCAUGAUAUAAUGGUCAUCAGGGGUCCAAGCUUCUUCAUUCUGCCUCACCAUCUCGCUUGCAGCUUCUGCCUAAUGUUGACUUACAGUUCAAGAUGGCUUCUGGAGUGCUACCGUUACAUCCAUGUUGUAGGCUAGAAGGAAAAGGGCAAUGGCCUGAGGAGGAAGGGAGAGUUCCUGUUAACUCAGCUUCCUUUAAACAGCCUUCCCAAAAGUUUCACGUUGUAUUUUUGCUGAUUCUCAUUGGUCACAACUUAGUGCCAUGGAAGACUAGUAAAUAUAGUCUUUUAGCUGGAUGGCCUGCUAUCUUAUAUAAAAUAAGGUUAGGUUACUAAGACAGAAAGGGAGAACAGAUCUUGGGAGGCACCUAGCUGUUUUUGCCAUCCCAAGUGUUGUGAUCUCUACCUGCUUUCGAUUUAACCUAUUUGCCAGUUUCUCUGCAUCCAACCAUCAUGGUUCUAGUUGAGGUCCAACCUCAGAGAAAUAGCUACUUAAGUGAUACUGGGAUACUUUGUACAGAGCAAAGAAACCAGUCUUUAUGCCACUUGGAAUGGAUUUUUCCAAUUGUCCUGCCCCCACUGAAAAAAACUCUUCGUUCAGAAGAAACAAUGACCAAUGACGUAAGAAGGACUAAUGUUUCCACCUGCCUCUCAAUUUAAUAGCAAGAGAUUCCACAUGUCAGACAGGAAAGAAGGCUAGGAAGGAAAAUGAGCAUUAAGAUUAAUAAUUGAUGUUAAUACUGACAACAAAGACAAACAAUGGUGAUAAAUGAAAUGGCAGAACCAAGGAAAUUGUUCUACUGUGAUAUCUUUCUUUCAAGCAGGUCAACUGUAUAAUUACCAAACUCAAUUUCAUCAGGAAUUUCAUCAACAUCAGAGCCCCUGGGCCACCAGUCUUCAAUGUUUGCUACCAGUGUGUUACUGUCUGCUUGUCAUUAUCUAGAGACAAAAAUGGAACAUUACAAUGGGCUUUAUGACCCUUCUGUACCUCAGCAUUUCCAUCCUGCUCCCUUCACCUAGCUGUACCUCAUUAUCUAUCCCAGUGCCUGGCCUGUCAUAUCCCUAGAAAUUAUGAUUGCACUAAACUAAAUUAAACACAAAGACUUAUUUAGCGGAUUCACAAUUUUUAGUUGUACUACACAGUCAAACGAGUAGACGUUCAGGUCACAAAAUCUAGCCUGUCUCCCCAUGAGACCACAAUGCCAUUGUCUGAACAGAUUAAAUAAAGCAGAGCAUCAUCUCAAACGAUUUUCAUGGCUCAAAUCUAGGUAGCUAUACUUACCAGCUGUGAGGCUUAGGCCAACCUAUUAACCAUCUAUUUCACUUUUCUGCUAAAUGAGACAAUAUGGACUUGACUUCAUUUUGUGAGAAAUAAAUAAGUAACUGGUCAAACACAUUUUGUGCUUCUUAAAAAAAGGUGGUACAUACACACACACACACACACACACACACACACACAACACCCGCUAUAAUACAAUAUUUUCAAAUGACACUAGAAAUAUUUUAGUCAGGUCUAAAGGAACAGAAGUUAAUGAUAAAAUGAUAAACAAUAAAUAACAGCUACUGUUUCGUGAGAAAAUUACACACAUCUUACUUGACUUAAACCUCACAACAGAAUUGAGCAGAAAGUUAUUACCCUGAGAAAGGGGACUUAAGGUUGGCAGGAUAACAAGUGGGAGAAUCUAGAGGUAAAGUCAUAUCUAUCUUAUUGGAAACACUCAAGAACUUCAAAUAAGCAUGAGAAUUUGAGCAAGACUGAAGGAGAACGUUUAAGUUCCCUUUCCAACUCAUCCCAAUUCUGGAAUCUAAUUUCUGUAACAAGUAACUAUAUUCCUUACUACAGAAGUAAAGAUGGCCCCAUGGAGAAACUGGCAGCAUGGCAUGAUGGAAACAGAAUAGAAUCAGGAAUUGUUUUGUACCUGUGUGUGUGUGUGACUUUGGUGUUCUGACUCAGACACAUAUUUGAGACGUAGAGAGGAGAGAAGAGGGUUGCCACAUUAUGUAACAGAAAGGAGCCCACUGCUUAAACACUUACCUUGUGCCAAACAUUGCACUAGGACUUUAUUACCUGCAACCCAUCCUGCAAAACUGUGAAGAUUUGAUAUGAUCAUUCUCAUUUUAUGGUUGAGAAACAAGGGUUAAGGACAAUAAAAAUUUACUCAAUGUUUAAACAUUUGCCUGUCUUAUUCUAAAGCCCCUUCUCUUCACAAUCCCUUUAAGAAACGGACAUCCAAUAUUUGAGUGGCAGAGGCAAAAACAUGGCCUACCAGAACCAUUAUGAUAGCUUUACAAUAUGCCCACCAAUUAUUUGAUAGUCCUCCUGCCAAAUGGUGAAGGCUAAUUACCCUCCUACAGAAUGUGACUCACUUCUAAUGAAUAAAGUAUGGCACAAGUAAAAGUGUGCGAUUUCAGAGACUAGGUCAUAAAGAACGCAGUGGCUUCUUCCCUGCUCUCUCUUUCUUAGAUCAUUCUUUCUGGGGGAAUCCAGCUGACAUGUUGUGAGGACACUCAAGCAGCUUUAUGGAAAAGCCCACAUGGUGAGCAACUGAGGCCUCCUACCAACAGCCAACAAGAAACCGGGGCCUUUGACAACAGCCAAGAAAUAAGAAUCGGAAAGAAGGACACACCAUUCCAUAGCACAGAACACAAGUAGAUGGCUCCCACGAAGAAUCUAGGAGCGUGGUAUGGCAGAAGCAGAAUGGACUCAGGAAUCAUGGUGCCUACACUGGAAUUUCAGAUCGGCCACUGACACAAUGGACACAUUAUUCAACAUUUCCAAAUCUUGGCGUUCUUAUCCACAAAGUGAAGAUAAUAAUUGCCAAUUCACAGGUGACUAUGAUUUAAAGAGAUUACUUUUGAAGAGUUCCUAACACAUUCUAUUCAACAAACAUUUAAUGAUGCUUCAGGCACUGUGUUCAUUACUAGUGAGAGUAUGACACACACAGCCAUAUGGUCACAGAGCUUUCAAUGAAAAGUAACAUAAUUGCUCAUUUCACCAGGCCCCCGGCUUGGGGCGCCUUCCUUCCCCAUGGCGGGACACCUGGCUUCGGAUUUCGCCUUCUCGCCCCCUCCAGGCGGUGAAGGUGAUGGGCCAGGGGGGCCAGAGCCGGGCUGGGUUGAUCCUCUGACCUGGCUAAGGUUCCAAGGCCCUCCUGGAGGGCCAGGAAUCGGGCCGGGGGUUGGGCCAGGCUCUGAGGUGUGGGGGAUUCCCCCAUGCCCCCCGCCGUAUGAGUUCUGUGGGGGGAUGGCGUACUGUGGGCCUCAGGUUGGAGCGGGGCUAGUGCCCCAAGGCGGCUUGGAGACCUCUCAGCCUGAGGGCGAAGCAGGAGUCGGGGUGGAGAGCAACUCCGAUGGGGCCUCCCCGGAACCCUGCACCGUCCCCCCUGGUGCCGUGAAGCUGGAGAAGGAGAAGCUAGAGCAAAACCCGGAGGAGUCCCAGGACAUCAAAGCUCUGCAGAAAGAACUCGAGCAAUUUGCCAAGCUCCUGAAGCAGAAGAGGAUCACCCUGGGAUACACACAGGCCGAUGUGGGGCUCAUCCUGGGGGUUCUAUUUGGGAAGGUGUUCAGCCAAACGACCAUCUGCCGCUUUGAGGCUCUGCAGCUUAGCUUCAAGAACAUGUGUAAGCUGCGGCCCUUGCUGCAGAAGUGGGUGGAGGAAACUGACAACAAUGAAAAUCUUCAGGAGAUAUGCAAAGCAGAAACCCUCAUGCAGGCACGAAAGAGAAAGCGAACCAGUAUCGAGAACCGAGUGAGAGGCAACCUGGAGAAUUUAUUCCUGCAAUGCCCGAAACCCACACUGCAGAUCAGCCACAUCGCCCAGCAGCUUGGGCUCGAGAAGGAUGUGGUCCGAGUGUGGUUCUGUAACCGGCGCCAGAAGGGCAAGCGAUCAAGCAGUGACUAUGAACAACGAGAGGAUUUUGAGGCUGCUGGGUCUCCUUUCUCAGGGGGACCAGUGUCCUUUCCUCUGGCCCCAGGGCCCCAUUUUGGUACCCCAGGCUAUGGGAGCCCUCACUUCACUGCACUGUACUCCUCAGUCCCUUUCCCUGAGGGGGAAGUCUUUCCCCCAGUCUCCGUCAUCACUCUGGGCUCUCCCAUGCAUUUAAACUGAGGUGCCUGCCCUUCUAGGAAUGGGGAACAGGGGAGGGGAGGAGCUAGGGAAAGAGAACCUGGAGUUUGUGCCAGGGCUUUUGGGAUUAAGUUCUUCAUUCACUAAGGAAGGAAUUGGGAACACAAAGGGUGGGGGCAGGGGAGUUUGGGGCAACUGGUUGGAGGGAAGGUGAAGAUCAAUGAUGCUCUUGAUUUUAAUCCCACAUCAUGUAUCACUUUUUUCUUAAAUAAAGAAGCCUGGGACACAGUAAAAAAAAAAAAAAAAAAGAAAAAAGAAAAGAAAA